GUUGCCCCGAUUCACGUAGGACCCAAGUCGCUUGGGUCAAGGAUGAGCAAGCCGACAGACCUGCAGCACGACCUGGAACGAAGCCUCCCAGCCAUAGCGUCCAUCAGCACCUCGUUCUCCCAAAGCCAGGGCUUCUCCCCGUAUUGCUACUUCUCUCCGGAGAAGAGGAAAGCCAUCUCGGACGUGAGGAGGACCUUCUGCCUUUUUGUCACCUUCGACCUGCUCUUCAUCUCUUUGUUGUGGAUAAUCGAAUUGAAUACCAAGGAUGGCAUUCAGAAGAACUUGGAGAAUGAAAUCAUCAAGUACAGUUUUAAGACCUCUUUCUUUGAUAUAUUUGUCUUGGCUUUCUUUCGUUUUUUUGUGUUGCUGCUGGCCUAUGCAAUCGUAAAGCUGCGCCACUGGUGGGUCAUAGCGGUCACUACAUUGGUGUCCAGUGCCUUCCUGAUUGUGAAGGUCAUCCUCUCCGAGCUUCUGACCAAAGGGGCUUUCGGCUAUUUACUUCCUAUCGUCUCGUUUGUCAUUGCUUGGCUGGAGACUUGGUUCCUGGAUUUUAAAGUCCUAACUCAGGAAGCAGAAGAGGAACGAUGGUACCUGGCAGCCCAGGCUGCAGCCUCUCGCGGCCCCCUGCUCUACCCCAGAGCCCUUUCCGAGGGGCAGUUCUACUCCCCGCCAGAGUCCUUCGCAGGGUCGGACAACGAGUCGGAUGAGGAAGGUGCAGGGAGGAAGGCGUUGACAGCUCAGGAGAAAGAAUAUGUCCGACAAGGCAAAGAUGCAAUGGAGGUUGUGGACCAAAUCCUUGCCCAGGAGGAGAACUGGAAGUUCGAGAAAAACAACGACUUUGGUGAUGUUGUUUACACUUUUGAAAUACCUUUCCAUGGCAAGACCUUUAUUUUAAAGGCUUUCCUGCAGUGCUCUGCUGAAACAGUUUACCAGGAGGUUAUUCUCCAGCCUGAGAAGAUGAUCCUGUGGAACAGAACAGUGGCAGCUUGCCAGAUCUUGCAGCGGGUUGAAGACAACACGAUCAUCUCGUACGACGUGGCAGCUGGGGCCGCAGGUGGUGUCGUUUCCCCAAGGGAUUUUGUGAACGUGCGCCGGAUCGAGAGAAGAAGAGACAGGUACAUUUCCUCAGGGAUGUCGACCACGCACAACCUGAAGCCUCCGCUCUCCAAGUAUGUCAGGGGUGAGAAUGGGCCCGGAGGAUUCAUCGUACUGAAAUGUCCCAGCAACCCCAGGGUCUGCACGUUCAUCUGGAUUCUCAACACGGACCUGAAGGGUCGCCUGCCCCGUUACCUGAUCCACCAGAGCCUGGCUGCCACCAUGUUCGAGUUCGCCUUCCACCUCCGCCAGCGGGUCAGCGAGCUCUCCGGCAAGCCGUGA